AUUAAUUUUCUUCUGCAAAUCCUAGGCCGAAGUUUGGAAUCUUUGGACCAUCCUAAGCUGAAUAGGACAUCGUCCCCCGAGCAAGUCUUUCCCUCUCCUUUCUCCCUACCCCUUAUCCUGUCCCUCCUCCCUCUCCUGCAUCCAUCCCUCUCUUUAAAGCUAUCGCAAUGGCUGAAAGUUGUUUAAUUUCUACGCCAACACUAUUCACCACCAAAAACCAAUACCCAUUUCUCUCACUUCCCUCAAAACCCAUCAAGCUCUCACACCUAUCAUUCUUAUCCUCUCCGUCUUUCCAUUCAUGGGUCUCCCUCAAGCACAAGUCUUCAACCUUCCGUGUAGUCCCGCUAGUGGCUCAGACCUCAGACUGGGCUCAACAAGAGGAAGAAGAAGAAGGAGAAGAGGGUUCUGAUGGUUGGGAAGGUGAGGUUGGGGGUGGAGAAGAGAGCUCUGGAGAAGGGGUUUUGGAAGAGAGUGAAAAAUUUUAUCCUGAGCCACCUGAGGAGGCUAAACUCUUUGUGGGUAAUUUGCCCUUUGAUAUUGAUAGUGAGAAACUGGCUGAGGUCUUUAAUCAAGCUGGGAUUGUUGAGAUUUCUGAGGUAAUUUACAACAGGGAAACGGAUCGGAGUAGAGGGUUCGGGUUUGUAACUAUGAGUACUGUUGAAGAAGCCGAGAAGGCUGUGGACAUGCUACACCGUUAUGAUUUAAAUGGAAGGCUUUUAACAGUAAACAAGGCUGCUCCUAGAGGGUCACGAUCAGAACGACCCCGAGUGAAUGAACCUUCUUUCAGAAUCUAUGUUGGUAACCUGUCAUGGCAAGUGGAUGAUGCUCGUCUGGAGCAGGUUUUCAGUGAACAUGGGAAGGUAAUUAAUGCCAGGGUUCUUUGCGACCAGGAAACAGGCCGUUCACGAGGGUUUGGUUUUGUUACAAUGUCCAGUGAGACAGAAUUAAAUGAUGCCAUUGCUGCUCUUGAUGGACAGAAUUUGGACGGCAGAGCUAUAAGGGUAAAUGUUGCUGAAGAACGACGAAAGCGUGGAUCAUUUUCUUUUUAAGAAGAUUGUUAUUAAAGGCUUCACAUUAACACUUCCAGUUUGGUUCGUUUUCUCUUCCCCCCUCCCCCUUUUUCAAAGAUAGUAGUGAUAGGAAAGUUCUACAUUAGGAGUUUGGAGUUUCUCUGUUCUGAGUGAAGUUAAAUUGAUAAAUCUUGUAUUUGUAGUAAGACUUUUUAUCACAAAAUAGAUUAUUUACAUU